CCGAGCACUGAUCGGUUUGAAAAGGUGGGGGUGGGGGGGGAAAAGAGACCCGCCGAUCGCGACCGGCACAGGAUGGACGACGUGUCCCUGUCAGAUUCCGAGAGGCUGGCCGGGGAGCGCUGGGCCCCCGUGGGGGCCGUGGCGAGCCCCGAGGAGAUGGAGAGGGCCGGGCCGCCCGAGGCAGGUCUGGGCAGCGGGGUGGUGACGGUGAUGGCGGAGAAGAUGCAGCGGCUGGAGAGCGAGCAGGAGCUGCUGAACUCGUCGCUGCUCGCCCUCACUUCGCACUUCGCCCAGGUCCAGUUCCGCCUCAAGCAGAUUGUCAACGCUCAGAGCGACGAGAAGGAGCGGCUGCUGAAGGAGCUGGAGGAUUUCGCCUUCAAAGGCUGCCCGCAACCUUUCGUGACCCGGGCUCUGGACGGGCAGCAGCUGGACAAUGCGAGUGAAAGGGAGAAACUUGAACGACUUGAGGCCCAGCGGCAGCAACAGAGGGAGCUGAUCAUACAGCUAAAGACGCAGCUGGAUGACUUGGAGACAUUUGCUUACCAGGAGGGCAGCUAUGAAUCCCUCCCCCAGUCAAUAGUCCUAGAACGCCAGCGGGUAAUCAUAGAUGAACUGAUUAAGAAGCUAGAUGUAAAUCUAAAUGAAGACUUUAGCAAUUUGUCACCAGAAGAACUCCGACAACGCGUCGAUGCGGCAAUUGCCCAAAUUGUGAAUCCAGCAAGAGUGAAGGAACAGCUGGUAGAGCAACUUAAGACACAGAUUUGUGACCUUGAAAUGUUCAUCAACUUUCUCCAAGAUGAAGUUGGAAGCCCUCCACAGCCUCAGAAUGGAAGGUGUACGUGCACUGUGCAUGGAGUGAAUGAGCCUAAAGCACCAAGUGCAAAAUUGUCAAGUGGAAGCCAUCAUGUGGAUCAAGAAACAACCAGAAAGAUGAGGGAGACUGGGUUAAACCUUGUCCGCAGAGCAUUGGCAAUAUUGCAGAUAUUUGCUGUUAGUCAGUUUGGAUGUGCUACUGGUCAGAUCCCACGUGGACUGUGGCAGCCUAAUGAAACAGACAAGGACUACAGUCCACUGCUACUGAAACUAGAGGGUGCUGUAGAUAAAGUAAAGCAGCUAGCAUUGAGUCAUCAACAGCCUGACGAGCAUGUGGUCAGCAGCCGUGACCUUUGUCUUGGGAAGAAUGAACUUAUAACAGCUGUACGAAAAGAGUUGUCAAUAGCUCUCAGAGACCUGAUGAGCCAUGGUUUGUUUGCUUCCUCUCCAGGAAUGAGUUUGGUCCUAGCACCAAUUGCGUGCCUUCUUCCCUCGUUCACCACCUCUCCACAAAUCAUGCAUCCCUGGCAACUUUUUGUGAAGUACUACAAUACCAGAAACGGUAGAGCCUUUGUAGAGUCUCCUGCUCGCAAGCUCUCUCAAUCGUUUGCCUUGCCAAUGACUGGAAGUGGAAUUGUAACUCCUAAGCAAAGUUUGCUUUCGGCAGUCCACACUGUGCUCACCGAACAUGACCGUUACAAGCGCAGUGCAGAUUCAGAAUUUAAGGCCUUAAUAUGCAUGGCACUGAAUGAGCAGCGUUUGGUUUCCUGGGUAAACCUGAUUUGUAAGUCAGGGAUGCUUAUCCAGAGUCACUACCAGCCAUGGAGCUACAUGGCUUCUACUGGGUUUGAGAGUACGCUCAACAUACUCAGUCGUCUUAGCAACCUGCACUUCAACCUUCCAAUCGACACUGCGGUUCGACAGUUAAAAAAUAUCAAAGAUGCUUUUUAGUGUUUCCUGAUGAAUAUAUUUUACUCAAGAUGUUAUAUUUUGUCCUAUGAAAGAUUGAUUUAAAUGUUCAGAUCCAUUGCAAAUUAAACCUAUGCUGCUCUUAGUUUGAAUAUCACAGCCUUGACUGAAAGUUUGAGGAAUGUCUAAUUGAUGACUGGAUCAUUUUUUCCCCAAAGGUCAGUUACAAUUGUAUUUUAAAUCAAAAUUGUUAGUGACUGUGUAAAAGAAAAAAAAAUUUUAAGACUGGAUUUUAAUAUUUAUAAAAUAAGAAAAGUUGGCCAUUGCACAGCUCAUGUUGAAACAUAGGAUGUGCUGUUUUCUAACAAUAGUGUUAUCAACAAUACAUGAUAUGAUUAGUGUUAAAGGAAGUAAAUGUGACAUUCACAAGAAGUGCACACUACUGUAUAUUGCAAAACUUUAAAUCUGUUAUAGGUAGAUGGUUGAAAUCCACUUUCAAUAAAAGAAACACUGUAGGGAGUUAUUGGGUUUUUUAUUCUCCCCCUCGUUUUCUCUAAACACUCACAGCUAGCUUAGAACUGACUACCUUGAUCACAUGAUCCUUCAUAAUUUCUAAUCGUCAGCUAGACAGAGUAGUUUCUGCUAUAGUAAGCCAAGUCAUUAGUGUUGGAGCCUGGCUGAAAAGCAUAAGUGCUUUUUGUAGGCAAUAAAGUAGGCCAAUAAGCUUCUUGAGCUUGUCCUGCCAUUCACUGAGCUCAUGGCUGAUCUGCAACUUAACUCCACAUUUCUCAGUACAAACUCAAAACUUUGUUUUUAAUGACGCCCCAAUGUUAAAGAAUCUUGAGGUUCCAGAGCUUUUAUUAGUAAGUUUGAUAGAAAGCAUUUUUCUCCUUGACUUUUGAAUUUUAUUUUUACCUUUUUUUUCAUUGUUUCCCUGUACACACCAGUUUUGACCAAUGAAGGUAGACAGGUACCAUACCUUUGGGCCUGUGCAAGAGUUUUUGGAGGAAUGAAAGCGCAGUUCAGGGUGGGCAGAAAGUAGCUUCAAGUUGUGAGCUUGAUCUUUCAUCUUAGAUAACGUAAAGUGGUGAAUUGCUGCACACAUUCUAACACUCCAUGGCAUUGUGCAUUAGAGCAUCGUCCAAGCUGUGUAGCCUGUGUCUCAAUUGUGCCUGGUGAUAUGUCUGUGUUUCUGUCAUGCAUAAUAGCUUUGUAUUUUCUGGGCAAUGGGUAUGACCUGUAUACACUACUGUAUGUGCCCUAUGUUUUGGUUAGAGGAAUGUCAUUUUCUUUCAGAUCUGAUAUUUCUGGAGGAUAAGCAAGAACCAACUAUAUAAUGCAAUGGAUGUGGAUGCUAUUAGGAAAUUAUCUAAAAUGUUUUGGUUACAAAUAUUAAAUAUAGAUUUAUUUACAAUUUAUACAUAAAUAUAAUAUAUUCAGUUAUGGUGUAAUGUUCAGUGUGAUUGUGAUGUCCUGAUAUAAAAUCAGGAAUUCCAUUUUUUUUUUGUCUUGCUUUUCCUCACUCCUUUUCUUAGUUGUGUACUCUGAGAAGUCAUUCUUGUUUAAUGUUGUACAGCAUAUGGCCAAUACUGCUCUGUGGUAUAUAGAAUAUGAACCAUAUUGGAAGAAAAAUGUUUACCAAUUUUUCUUUCCAAAAUCCCAUUUUUUUCACUAUUAAAUUAACAUGCAACCGUACAUGUUUUGACCAUUUAAGUGUAAGUAAUUAAUCACUUUAUUGUGAAGUCAUUGAAAAUAGUAUGAAUUGAUUUUGGACACAUGUAGUUCAUGCUAUAUUCUAAGCUUCAUGCUUCAUGGAACCCAUACUAGAAGCUUGGAGGAAGGUCUAGUCAUUAACGAACAUUGUAUAAUUGUACUUGGUUACCAUAUUUGUUUAACAAGGCAUACAACAUAAAUGUUUCAUUCCUCUGGAACAUUUAGGGUACACACUACAUUAGAACUUAGGAAUGCAAAAAGCAUUUUUGUAAUAUUGAUCUGAAAAUUACUUGGUAAGCACUAUCUCUGUUUUAAAAGAAAUUUUAAGAACAGAAAGAUAUCCAUUUCUGCGCAUGGUUCCAAGUUAUUUUCUUGCCUUAUUAAGUAAAAAGGAAUUCUGUUUUUUAUCUUGCAUGUUUGGUUACUUGAAUUGUAUGUAUUAAUUUGAUUUUCAUUUUGUUAAAGAGCUAAGCAAAACAAAACUGAAAAAAAUCUCAAAUUUAGUUUGAUUGGUUAUUUUAAAUUUGUAAUCAUGUUUAGCAUUCAGAAACAACUGCUGUUAAUUUAUUUUGUCUUUUCCGUAGAAAAAGCUGACCAACCCAGUAUAUAAUCGAGUCAGAAAUGGAAUCUGGUUGCCACUGCUUGGAAGAAAUAUUGAUAACAGCAAAGUCUGUAUAGCUUAAUUGAAUUUACUGGAAAAUUUCAUUUUUUUUCGCAGCAUAAGAAACCGAGUCACUAAGAGGAGACAAUUUAUAACUCAUUCUGUUUUUUUUAUUAAGAGACCAAAAAUUCAAUUCUCAAAACUCAUUGAUAUAUAAAUGUACCCUUAGUUUUGGACUACCCUACAAGUACUUCUAGAGAAGUAGAAAUCUUUUCUACCUCUACCCUACUGAACCUUUCAUAAUUUUCACAAGCUCCAUCAAGUCACUUGUCAGUCUUUUCUCUUUUCGAGAGUAAAAAGGGGGUACAAUUAUCAAUCUUUCCUGCUAAUUGUACCCCCUCAAUUCUGGUAUAUCCUUGUAAACCUUUUCAACACUUUUUCUAGAGCUCCUAUUUUGUAGUCUGGAGACCAGAACUGUUAAAGUAAUCAAACCAAGGUUCUGUACAAGUUUAGUAUACCUUCUCUGCUUUUGAAUUCUGUUCAUCUAGAAAUGAACCCAGAUGCUUUGUUUGCACUUUUUAUGGCUUUAACUUGCAUUGAUUGCUACUUUAACUGAUUUGUGUAUCUGUAUAUUGAGAUUGCUUUGUGCCUUGGGCCCAUUUAGAUUCUUAUUUUCCAAUGAAAAUGUGGCCCCCAAUUCCCUGCACCAAAAUGCAUCAACUCCCUCUUAUCUAUAUUUAAAUUCAUUUGCCAUUUGUGGACAUUAUGCAAGUUUGUUAACAUCUUUGAGUUUGGUGCAGUCUUCCUCCUGUUAACCAUGCUUACCAAUUUCUUGUCAUCUGGAAAUGAAAGUAGUUUCCCUUUGCAGCAACACAUAACUAAAGUGAAUGCAGCCUCAAUCUAGUGUCAGGCCCUUCCUCCUUGUCCCACCUGACACCAAAGGAGGUAGUCUUGUUCUGCUGCACUUCAGCUCAAUUUGGGUCUUGGGAUUUAAUUUGCACUUUCUCCAGCUAAAACCAAUUGAGGUCUUCCAGUGACCUCAUACUGUUUGAACAUCUGUGUUAUUUGUUUUAAGUCGAUAUUUUUCUCACACCAGGACUUGAUAAGUAAUCAAAACUUUUACUUCAGUGAUUUACUGAAUGAGGGAAUGCUGUCUUUUGGUUGAGAUGCAAUAAAGAGCAUUCAACUGCCUGUUUUGGUAUAUGUUUGGACAAAUACCAAUAUCACCAAAAACCAAAAACAUUAAAUUGCUAUUUACCUCAUUUAAUAGUUACAAAAAUAUCAAUUAUAGGCAUGUUUAGGCCAUUCGGACCUGCUGUGCCCUUUGAUAAGAUCAUAGCUGAUCUGAUUGUCGUCUCAACUCCUUGCCAGCUACCCCCCAUAACCUUUUGAUUCCCUUUGUUAGUCAAGAAUCUGUCUACUUCUGCCUUUAAAAAAAAGUUCAAUGACUCUGCCUCCACUUCUCUCUCUGGGGAAGAGUGUUCCACAGACUCAUGACCCUCUGAGAAGAAACUUCUCACCUCCGUCUUAAAUGGAAGACCCCAUACUUUUGAACUGUGUCCCCUAGUUCUGGUCUCUCCCACAAGGGGAAGAACCUCUCUGUAGCAACUGUCAAAAUCUCAAAAGGCUAGUCUGCAGGUGCAGCAAAGUAAUUAGGAAAGCUGAUGGAAUGUUAUAAUUUAUUGUGAGGGGAAUUGAAUACAAAAGUAGGGAGGUUAUGCUUCAGUUGUAUAGGGCACUCAUGAGACCACAUCUGGAGUACU